CGAGCGGGUCUCCGGUAUUCAGAUGAAUUGAUUGAUACCGUCACCUCUCAUCUGUUCGGCCCUUGGAGCUCGUCCGCUCAUUUCGCUUCUUCGCCCUUGCUCCUUAUCAGCCAUCGCCCAUUUCUCCUUUGUCCGUCAUCUCCGCAAUGGCUCCAAUUGCCUCCGAUUCCGAGUCCUCCAGUGCCCCACUAGCCGACUUCUUCUUCAUUUCAGGAAUUGAGUCCACACAGGUCUACGAUGAAAGAGCUCAAAGCAAUGGCGUCGCCAUGCCGAACAAUCUGGAUAUCACCAUUGAAGAAGAUGCCCCCUUGGACACAAGUCCAGAGCGUCCACCUUCUGCUGCAGACACGCUGAACGGAGAGCGUCGAAAGUCUGUGCGAAUGAGCUGGGAUGCCAGAAAGUCCAUUGGCAGCAUGAUUAACCUCGAGCAGACUGCCACGGCUAGCAAUAGAAGCAGCGCAACCAUACGGGCCGUGCAGGUUGGUGGUACUGGCCUGAGUGAGGCCGACUUUGACAAGGCAUUGCGGAAAUUCGCCUCUGAACGUGAAUCCUUUCUGGACGAAAUAUCCAUUCAGUCGGGAGCUGUGACACCCACCAAAACACCAAAGCCAAGACCUCGAGCCCAGCGCAUCGUGUCUGACGAUAGAGAUGUCAAUAACUUGAGGUCGAGUGUCGCAGGCAGUCUGCGGCGACGGCUAUCAGGCAUGAGCAGCAUGAAGAGAGCUUCCUCUGUCAAUCGGCAAUCUUCUGUGAGAACUGCUAAACGAAUGAGCAACUACAACUCCGUCAUUCCAACCCCUCAACCCUUCAAAACCGAACCGAAUAUGCACCCACUCAAGAGGCGGUACGAGCCCGUGCUUCUGGAUCGCUAUCCGUCAACAGAUAUGAUCGACGAAGGCAAGAGACGCAAUCCUUUUCCCGAUUAUGUUCCUAUGUUCGCCUUCCCGGAUGACAUCAAUGUUGUGUCUUCGGACGAGCGACCUCGCUCGACGUGGCAUGGCUUUGCUAUGACCAGCGCCGACAAUACAAAGCUUUAUGGCAUUUGUCUCACAAUCUGGCUUCCACUCAAACGCGAAGCAGCAGAGGGAAUUGAAAGACAGUGCGAACAGUGGAGGCGUGCAAACAUGUCGGGAGAGGAACGAGAGCUUGCAAGUAGCCUGGGUGAGAGAUUGGCUGCAGAACGCGCCAAGUUGUCCCAAUUACUUUGUCAGUUGCCAUUAGUACCAUCAGGCUCUGACGAGCGAGAGAAUCUUGAAGACGACAUCAGCGCAGUCGAGGAGAAAAUCUCACUCAUGACAGAUCUGCUCCGGCCUGUUCGGCAUGGCGCAGCUUCCAAGAUCGAAGGUCUUACAGACGGUGAAACAGGCUUGUGGAUACCUCGCGCAUUCGGUGUCCUAGGCCGAGAGGCAGGCAUGACAAGUUUCUGGAAAGAGUGGCUUCGGGCCGUGGUCGUGCCAAUGACCCAGGGGGCAGUUCUGAGGGUUCCACCAAGCUCACCAAAAAUAGGCAUGUGGCAGCCACUGGAACGUUACGUGGUCAACCUAUGUGCAGAGGCCCUCAGUCCCAUAUCCAGCCUGACACAGGUCGAAUUAGGCGUACGAGAGCUUAGACUGUAUGCCCGCAAGGAGGCGAACAACGAGUUACCCGGCUCACGGAACACCGACCUCUUCGCCCUCUUCCGCUCUCUCUCCAUCGCCAAUAUCGUCACUCUAUUCGAGUAUGCCUUAUCAGAGUCCCGUAUCAUAUUUCUCUCCUCGCACACAGCAAUGUUGCAUCUGGCAACGGCAGCUCUGGUCAAUCUGCUCUAUCCACUCAAGUGGGCAAGCAUUCUCAUCCCAGUCCUCCCAGCCCGCUUAAUCCAAGCUCUGGAUGCGCCAUGUCCGUAUAUCGUAGGCAUCGAACGACGAUAUGAAAACGUGGAAUUGCCAGAAGAUGACUUUGUUCUGGUCGACUUGGACGUCGACUUGAUUGAAAGCACCAUUCCACCCACACCUUUGCCGCGCCAGCAAAGACGAAAGCUAAUGUCCAUCCUACAACUGGCAGCCUCGCAUCAUAUCCGUUACGGCGUACCAACAGGCCCUCCUGCAUAUGCUCAGGAAGCAUUCCCGUAUGACUCGUUCACUUCGGAGAACACUGCUGUAUUCACUGCAAAUGCCCCUAAUUCGACACUAUCGACCUAUGCCGGCCUUAGCUCGUCUGCUUUCGGGUCCAAUAUGCCAGCUGCUGGCCCAAAGACCAUCAUCUUCAAUGCUUUCCUCCAGUCGCGAAGAGAAAAUAGUCGUGGGUCCGAUAGGCCGACGACAAGUUGCACAACAAAAACAAAUGCGUCCCCGCCUUCUCCGAGGAGCUCUCCAACUUCAACGAUGUUUCCACCACCUAUACCAACCACCCCGGUCUCGAGAAGUGACUCGGCAUACUCACUUCAGGCCAAUCUUCGCGAGAAACGCUCAGGUCACUUUGAUGCCAUGUCGCGCAGAAGCUCAUCAUUCAACAUGGACCGCGUGCCGACUCUUCGCCGACCCAGUCAACCUUCUCAUCUCGGCCACAAUCCAAGCCUGUCAACUUCGUCACUAAGUUCGGAAUUUCGAGCUCCUUCCCAGUAUGCUCCAUCGAUAUAUGCUGCUUCUACUCUAGCUGCAUCGACGAUCAUGCCAAACAUGCUCAUGCAACCUGUACGGAACACUGACACGACCCAAUGGGUGGAGGGCCAUUGCUUACAAUGGCGGCCUAAAGACGACAAGUCCAAUUGCUCCAUAUGCGAUGAGAAGUCAGACGACGGACUCUACAGGUGUUCUGCCUGUGGCAUGGUAGCCCAUAGUCGCUGUGCUCCACAAGUGAGCCUCGUAUGUCCGGUCGCUUUUCAUGAAGAUCAGGUGCGUGCGGCCUUUGUCCGCUGCUUCGCAAGUCUUUUCUACACAUACCGAAAGUUUAUGUCGCCUGCGAGCUCGGCUCAGAAGAAGUCUGGUCUCAUGUAUUCUUUCAAUAUGAAUGGCUUCUUACGCAGCAUGCCACACGAAAACUCUCAAUAUAUGAGCAUGCUGCAGCAAACUCAAGCCUUCAACGAGUUCAUCCACGAGCGCGAAUCUAUGCGGAGCGAUAACCCGAGCGUACGUCUUUUUGACGAGGUCAUCCUGUCGAAACGUAACCGUGGGAAGGCAUCCUUUUUCGGCAGAUCAAAUAUCGAUUUCCUCUCGGACAAGUCAAAUCACCUGUGGCGCUCUGCCGCAGCAUCUCCACCCAACGGCCGUGUUCCAGGCGACUACCGAGAAGUCAUCAGCCGUAUCCCCGAUCAACUUGACAAGCGCUUUAUGAAAGAGCCUCGCGUCAUCCAAGGCGUACCACGCGUCGCUCAAGUCAAAGCCAAACGCAAGCCCAUCCCAUCUAUGCUCGGUAUCGCGGGGACGUCGUCACCAAUCUAGACGUCUGUCCUGCAAAACUAAGAGUUUUGACAAUACCUUUUUCCCUUUCCCCGCGCGCUCACACUCUUACGAAAACGAAACUUCUCCUCACGACUCUCACUUUCACUCUCAUCUUGUACAAUAAUAUAAUGCUCGGGGGUUCUUCCCCUGGGUGCUGCGUGCCCGCAGGCAUUUGCAUUACAGCUCGGCGUUGUUCUACGGCUGAUAACACUCGUCCGGAUAUGACAGUCUCGGAUUGUUGGCUAAUGGUGGCUGACGGGUGUAAAUUAUAGCAGUUCUAGUAGAAUGCUGCUUUGUGGCUUGGUUACUGAAGCUUAAUCGGGGUG